GUUGAAGUUGAAAAAUGAAAUUGUUAACAAUUCUUCUUGUCAUCUACGGAUUUGUUUUCGCAAGCGCUUAUCAUAAUCCCCACUGGUUUGUUGGACGGAGUGUGAUUGUGCACUUGUUUGAAUGGAAAUGGGUGGACAUUGCAAGAGAAUGUGAAACAUUUUUAGCUCCAAAUGGAUAUGCGGGGGUUCAGUUGUCACCGCCAAAUGAAAACUUUCUUGAAACAAUCAACAAUCGUCCAUGGUCGGAACGUUAUCAACCGAUGUCGUAUAAAUUGAUUACGCGAUCUGGAAAUGAAGCAGCUUUUGCUGAUAUGACGAGACGAUGUAAUGCUGUUGGUGUGAGAAUUUAUCCUGACAUUGUAGUGAAUCAUAUGUCAGGAAUGAGUGGAGUUGGCGUUGCUGGGAGUUAUGGCAACGCUGAAACAGGCGAUUUCCCGGGUGUCCCUUACACACCCGAAGAUUUCAACUUCCCAAGAUGCACAAUGGACUGGAAUGACCCACCAACAUUAAGAAAUUGUGAAAUUUAUGGCCUACGUGAUUUAAAUCAAACUCGUGAAAAUGUUCGAGGUGCGAUUGUCGAUUAUUUGAAUCAUUUAAUAGAUUUGGGAGUGGCAGGCUUUAGAGUUGACAUCAUGAAGCAUAUGUGGCCGUCUGAUCUUGAAGUAAUUUGGGGACGAUUAAAAAACCUAAAUGUUAAUUACGGAUUUCCGGCAAAUUCUCGACCCUUCGUUGUUGGUGAAGUUUAUGAUGAUCAAGUUAUAAAGGGAUCAGAUUUCUGGCAUUUGGGAACAACAACCGAGUUCCGGUUUCCUAAUGCCAUCGCUAAAAGUUUCAGAGGUCAAGAUUCAUUAAAAUGGUUACAAAGCUUUGGUGAAGGUUGGAGCUUUCAUCCAUCUCAAUACGCUUUAAGUUUCGUAACGAAUCAUGACACACAACGUGAAGGACUUUUCAGUUACAAAGAAGGCCGACUUUAUAAGAUGGCUGUGGCGUUCCACUUAGCUUGGCCUUACGGAAUUCCUCGGAUUAUGUCUUCAUUUUAUUUCAAUGAAAGAACGCAAGGACCACCCCACGAUGGAAAUUACAAUCUCGUCUCACCAACUUUUGGUUCCAAUGGGGAAUGUAACGAUGGAAAGUGGGUUUGUGAACAUCGCUGGUAUCAAACAAGAAAUAUGGUCGCUUUUAGAAAUACUGUUCAAGGAACAGUUGUUAACAAUUGGUGGGACAAUGGAGAUAAUCAAAUUGCUUUCUCGCGUGGAAAUCGUGGAUUUAUUGUUUUCAAUGGACAGUACCGAGUUGAUUUGAAUGCAAAUUUGCAAACUGGCUUACCUGCUGGCAUCUAUUGUGACUUGGCAUCAGGAUCUAAAGAGUUGACUUCAUGUACAGGUGGAACAGUUACAGUUUCAUCGAAUGGCUUUGCUUCAAUCUACCUUUCUUCAGAAGCGCCUGAAGGUUACAUAGCCAUUCAUGUGAAUGCCCGAGUUUAACCAACCCAAUACAAUGUAAAAGAUGAAAAUAUUCCAAACAUGUAGCAGAAUUAUUAAGAAGAUCUAUCAAAUAAAUGAAUUGAAGUGAAGCAAAGAAUUAAUGAGGAAAUUUCUGAAUGAUUAGUCAUAGGAAAUGUUUGAAAAAAUGUUUGCUUGUUGUUUAGGCAACUCGCAAUUCAAUGAAAGAAAAAAUAAAUUGAAUUUUUUGAUAACGUUAAAAUUAA